AUGGGAAACUGUUGUCCACAUAAGUAAGUGAUAUAUUAGAAAUUUAAAGUCAAUAGCAACAAUCCCAGUGAAUUCAUCUAUUAUAAACGAAAUUCAGCCUAAAAAAAUUAUUGCGCAGCCAGUCAAAAAAAGUGUGAAAUUUGUAAAUCACUUUGGAAAAAAUACAGGAUCAAAAGACAGUCCAUCUGAAGAUUGAAAUAAAAAUGAAAAGAACAGAAGAAAAGAGCCUAAAUACUUUGAAAUAAAUACAUAUUCUUCUGGAACCAAUAUAUAUGAAAGCGGAGAAAACCUGAGGCAUGACUUAUAUAAAGAUAGUGAAAUGGCAUCAGAUAUGCAAACUGCUGCGAUUGAAGACUUCAUAAGAUCUCGAAAUGGAACCAAAAUCAUUCAUUCUGUAUCUGAAGAUCCACCAGAGGAUGCAAGCAAAGUCCAAAGAAUCACAAGCAUAUCACUGACUUAUUCUGAAUCAGAAAAUUUUCAAAACCAAUCAGAUGUUUCUACCUCCCUUAAUCAAAAUAGAAUUUAAAAAUUUCUCAUUCUGCGAAUAAAUAUUUUUAUAUAUAAGAGGAAACAAUAAAUAGUAGGAAAAGUAAGAAAGAUUCAUUUGAGAAAGGCCUAAAUGACUCAAGAAGCAAAGAAUUUCCUUCUUCUUCAUUUGGGUCAAUGAAGAUUUCUGAGCCUUCAUCAAUUGAUGAAAAAAAUCAGCAAAAAGAGGAGGACCCCAACUUGUCGUAUUCAAGCGAAAGUAGUAGCGAUUUGUCUCCUCCGCCGCUUCAUAGAAGUUUGGAAUGCAAUUCAGAAUCCUCUGAAGAGUUUGUCCCAAAUUCAAUUGAAACUGUGCUCGCAAACUUUAAACUAUCAAGCAUUAGUCCAGAUAAAAAUCAGAGUAAGCACCAGAGGCAGAAUUCUUGUGAGCUGCCAACUUAUAAGAAAAAAUUCGAGAGCGAGAGCAGCUUCCCUGAAAAUUCCGCUUCAAAGAGAAACACAGAUCUUGUUGUCACUUAUUUUGAAGACGGCUCAAAACAAAUCAAUCAGUAUAUGCUGAGCUGCCUCAAUGAGUUAUUUAAAGCUUAUAUCUUAAUUCGUUAUAAAUCCUAAACAUUUUGUCAAUAAAAUAGCAAAAGAGUGCAUAAUUAUUGCAAAUGAUAUAAGCUAACAAAGCGUCUUUUAUCAGAUUCAUGUUAUAAGACAUAUUUAGCAAUCGACAAAGAAUUUAACCAAUUUAUAGUGAAAUGCUAUGAUAAAAAGCUUCUCCAAAAAAAAAGUAUGGGAAAUGGGAAAAGCGCUCUUGAUAAAAUUAUUGAAGAAGUUAAUUUGGCUCUUCGACUGAACCAUAAAUACAUACAAAAGUUAGUAGAAGUAAUAGACUCAAAAACCAACGGAAAGCUCAUUUUAGUACUAGAAUUUGCAUCAAAUGGCAAAUUUAAGAGAAAAAUGCCAAUUAUUGAAGCAAGAGCAAGGAGAUAUUACAGGCAACUUAUAAGUGCUUUGGAUUAUCUUCAUAAUGAAGCAUUUAUAGCGCAUUUAAAUAUAAUUCCUGAGUCUGUAUUAGUUGAUACUAAUGAAAAUAUCAAAUUAACUGAUUUUAGCCUUGCACAGCCAAUAAUAAAUGGGAAUGAUGAAGCUUGUUGGAUUCAUAAGCAUGAAUUGCGAGCACCAGAAAUAAAGUCAAGCCGAAGAACCUUUAAAGGCCGGGCUGCUGAUGUUUGAGGAACUGGACUUUGCUUAUACUUUUGGGUUAAUGAAAAGUACCCAGAAAGACAGCAUAAGUUUGAUAAUGAUGAACAAAACGAUCUAACUGACUUGCUAACUGCUGCCUUGGCUAGUGAUUAUGAUUUUCUUGCUCGCUAGAUGAGAGGCGAAUUUUUUGUUUCAAAAUUUUGUACAUGAAUCUUAAAAAUUAAUUUGAGAAUAUUCUGAAUGAGCAAUUUAAUUUCUAUUUAUAAUAUUUUGCUAGCUCUAAUAAGAGAGUAAGCAAGCUUCUGGAGGAAGAUCCAGAAAGAAGAAUUUCAUUGAAUUCAAUAAAAACACAUCCGUGAUUAACUUGUAAUGGACGCAAUCCUUUGUUGUAA